UCAAAAAUCCCGCUGGCCGCGAUGUCGUAGCGUCGCGUUUCGGUUCAUAAAAUAAAUUUGUUAUAAAGUUGUGUGUUUUUGUGUGAGAAUAGUGUAGCAUUGUUUUUGUUAAUUAUUAAAUAAUUAGGAAAAAUGUUGGUACUCUUUGAAACUCCGGCGGGAUACGCUAUAUUUAAGCUGCUGGAUGAGUCGAAGCUGUCCCAAAUUGAGGAUGUAUACUCCGAGUUUGAUACUCCAGAAGGUGCCGCUGCUGUUGUGAAACUAAAGAAUUUCAUCAAGUUUGAAGAUACAACUGAAGCUUUAGCAGCCACCACAGCAGCAAUUGAAGGCAAAAUCUCAAAAACAUUGAAGAAAGCUCUGAAGAAACAUGUCUGCAAAGAUGUUCAGGAUCAACUUCUGGUUGGUGACGCUAAACUCGGCAAUGCUAUCAAAGAAAAGUUUAACUUACAGUGUGUAUCAAACAGUAAUGUGCAAGAGCUGCUUAGGUGUAUUAGAUCACAAAUGGACAGUCUUUUAACUGGUCUGCCCAAGAAAGAGAUGACAGCUAUGGCUCUUGGUCUAGCUCACUCGCUCUCCAGGUAUAAGCUGAAAUUCUCACCAGACAAGAUUGACACAAUGAUUGUCCAAGCACAGUGCUUGUUGGAUGACUUAGAUAAGGAAUUAAAUAAUUACGUAAUGAGAUGCAGAGAGUGGUACGGAUGGCACUUCCCAGAGUUGGGGAAAAUUAUCACAGACAACACAUUGUUUGUGAAAAUAGUUAAACUCAUGGGAACUAGGGACAAUGCAGCUAAAACCGACUUGUCCGACAUCCUCCCUGAAGAUCUGGAAGAGAAGGUUAAAGAAGCAGCUGAGAUUUCCAUGGGUACAGAGAUCUCUGAUGAUGAUAUUAUGAAUAUCCAGAACUUGUGUGAUGAAAUCAUAUCCAUUACAGACUAUAGGACACAUUUAACAGAUUACCUUAAGGCUAGAAUGAUGGCCAUGGCACCGAAUUUAACAGUUCUGAUCGGGGAACACAUUGGAGCUAGGUUAAUCGCGCAUGCAGGUUCUUUAAUGAAUUUGGCCAAGCAUCCAGCAUCUACAUUACAGAUCUUCGGUGCGGAGAAGGCGUUAUUCAGAGCGCUAAAGACAAAGAAAGACACACCCAAGUAUGGUUUAAUUUACCACGCGCAGCUUGUCGGUCAGUGUAGUACAAAGAACAAGGGUAAGAUGUCGAGAAUGUUAGCGGCUAAAGCGGCGCUGGCGACUCGUGUGGAUGCGUUCGGUGAUGACGUCUCGUUUGAACUCGGGGCAGAACAUAAAGUGAAGCUGGAGAAUAGGCUAAGGUUGAUGGAAGAAGGCAAUCUGAAGAGGAUCAGCGGGACGACCAAGGCUAAAGUCAAGUUCGAGAAAUAUCAUAGUAAAACUGAGAUCCACCAAUACCCGACGGCGGGAGACAGCACGAUCGGCAAGAAGCCGGUGAAGCGAGAGCACUCGCCCGACGAGGACGAGACCUCCAGCAAGAAGAUCAAACUAGAGGAUGGGGACAACGAAGAAACACCCAAAAAGAAGAAAGUCAAAACGGAACCAACAGACGAAGUAGACGGCCACUUGAACGGCUCUGAACCGGUCUCAGAGAAGAAGAAAAAGAAGAAGAAGAAUAAGCAGUCGCUGGAACCAGAAGCAGAAGUUAAAGAAGAGCCCAUGCAAGAAGAGACAGUAGAGACGCCGAAAAGUGAAAAGAAGAAGAAGAAAAAAAAGAAGUCUGUCUCGGAAGAGUAAUUUAGUGAUUUGACUAAGACUACGUUGAGUUACAGGUAAUCCGUUCUGGAUUCCGUAUUUUGGUUAUUACCUCAAUGAUUUCAUGAUUUCUUAAUAAAGAUUAAGUAGCAGCAGUGAUAAAUGGUGCCCACAAAUACUAUUAAAUAUUAUUAGUAUUGUUUGUAGCUAUAAAUGUUUUGUUCCUAUGUUUUUGAACGAUUCGUUUUGCUUAUGGUUAGUUGGAUUUUGACUUUUCAAGAGUAUGUAAGGGAGUGGAUUGUUUAAAAUAUUGGAAUGGUUAGGUGAGCUCCAAGCUUCAUGCUUAGAAACCUAUAUUUUUGUAUCUUUGUCGUAUUUUUAAGUAUGACUACUUUUUGCCAAACCGAAAUAGGUACAUAUGCUAUUGUACUAAAAAUAGCGUUUAAUAGUCGAAUACCAGUCAAAUUACUUCUAAAAAUGUAUUUCUUAAGCAAAUAUUAAUUUCACUUCAAACGUUAAAGUUUAAUUUGAAGGAAUUAAUUAAGAAAGUGUAAAAAACGUAAUCUUCCCGAUGCAGAGUCAAGGAAAAUGUUUUAGCUUUAAGUGUAUAAAAAUUCGCAUUGCGAGAUGUUUAUAUAAUAAAUAGUUUUAUAAUAUAAA